AUGACUCUAACCCGCUCCCAGACGGGGAAGACCCCCAAGAAAAUGGACCGCCCUGGUUUUAUCGAGACUCCCGGCCGUCGUGCUACCCGCAACAGCUCCGUCGUCGAUGGCAGCGAGAACGAGGGCUCCAAUUCCCCCUCCGAAGGGUCCAAGUCGUCCACCCGUCGGCGCGUGUCUGAAAAGGUCAAGGUGGAGGAUGCGCCGGUGAAGGUGGAGGUCAAUGGCAAGACCGCGACCCCCAAGAAGCCGUCCAAGUCGCGCAUGGUGGAUGGUUGGGAGCCCGGUCUGGAUCCCAAGAUCGACUACAGCGGUCACUAUGAAUUUGGUGGCUCGUGCGGUGUGCUCGCCAUGAUGAUCGGCUUCCCAAUGCUCAUGUACUACAUGUGGAUUGGCGCCACUUAUUAUGAGGGCAAAUUCCCUCGUCCCGCGGAGGGCGAGAGCUACGGCGACUUUUUCGCACACUUGGUAAACUUGGUCUACACUGGCGCGUUCCCUUCCUUGAAGGCGUGGACUAUCUAUUGGGUUUUCUUCAUCUUCGAGGGUGCCUGCUACGUGCUGCUUCCCGGUGUGAGCGUGUCCGGUCGUCCCCUGCCGCACAUGGGUGGCAAGCAACUGCCCUACUAUUGCUCUGCUGUGUGGUCUUUCUACACCAGCAUUAUUUUGGCCCUGGUUGCGCACGUCACUGGACUCUUCAAGCUGUACACCAUCAUUGACGAAUUUGGCCCCUUGCUGAGCGUUGCUAUUAUCUCGGGAUUCAUUGUCUCUUUCGUCGCCUACUUCUCGGCUUUGGCGCGUGGUGCCCAGCACCGCAUGACCGGCUACCCUAUCUACGACUUCUUCAUGGGUGCCGAGCUGAACCCCCGUAUGUUCAACAUCCUGGAUUUCAAGAUGUUCUUCGAGGUUCGCCUUCCUUGGUAUAUUCUGUUGUUCCUGUCCAUGGGUGCUGCCGCUCGUCAGUGGGAGAUUUAUGGCUACGUGUCUGGCGAAGUCAUGUUCCUUGUCAUGGCUCACUUCCUUUACGCCAAUGCCUGCUCCAAGGGUGAGGAGUGCAUUGUGUCCACUUGGGAUAUGUACUACGAGAAGUGGGGUUUCAUGUUGAUUUUCUGGAACUUGGCCGGUGUGCCUCUCAGUUACUGCCACUGCACUAUUUACUUGGCCAACCACGACCCCGCUGAAUACCGCUGGAACCGUGUCUUCCUUGCAUUCCUCUACAUUGCCUACCUGUUCGUCUACUGGGUGUGGGAUACCACCAACAGCCAGAAGAACCGUUUCCGCCAGCAGGAGCGUGGCACCAUGGUGGCCCGCAACACCUUCCCCCAGCUGCCCUGGCAAACCGUGAAGAACCCCAAGACUCUGACUGCCGCCGAUGGCUCCAAGAUUCUUGUGGAUGGGUGGUAUGGCAAGGCCCGCAAGAUCCACUACUCGUGCGAUCUGUACUUCGCUCUGAACUGGGGUUUGAUUACCGGCUUCUCCAGCCCCUUCCCCUGGUUCUACCCGCUCUUCUUCGCUUGCAUGAUCAGCCACCGCGCUCUUCGUGAUAUCCAGCGUUGUCGCACCAAGUACGGUGAGACUUGGCUCGAGUAUGAGCGCCAGGUGCCUUACCUGUUCAUUCCUUCUUACCACGAUGUGCCCACCACGGCAGAUGGCCAGGGGACCAUGCGUAUCUAUGUCUUCCACCCAACCAUUCCAGGCUACCCGAAAGCCCGCUUCCCCGGAGUAGUCGUCUUCAGCGAGAUCUACCAAGUCACUGGUCCCGUUGCCCGCUUCGCCCGCCAGAUCGCCGGCCAGGGCUACAUCUGCGCAGCACCCUCCAGCUACCAUGAAUUCACGGGUCCCGAAGCACUCAAGUAUGACGCAGAGGAUACGGAUAAGGGAAAUGCAUGGAAGAUCGGCAAGAAAUUGGCGGCUUACGACGAAGACGCCAGCUUGAGUGUGGACUAUCUUCUGUCCCUGCCCACAUGCAAUGGCCGUGUCGGUGCUACCGGUAUGUGUCUUGGGGGUCAUUUGGCCUAUCGCUGUGCCUUGGAUGCCCGGGUCAAGGCUAGUGUGUGUUACUUUGCCACGGAUAUUCACAGCAGAACCCUCGCCCUGGGUAAGAAUGAUGACAGUCUUGCGCGGGCGGGUGAUAUCAAGGGAGAGAUGUUGAUGAUCUUCGGUAAAAAUGAUAACCAUGUUCCGCCCGAGGGACGUGAUCUGAUUCGCAAGACCCUGCAUGAGAAGGGGGUCUUGUUUGGCUUCUACGAGGCUGCCUGGGCUCAGCGUGAGUUUCCCUUGGACUUGGUCUGGAGUCAAUGGCUAAUGCAACUAGAUGCCUUUAUUCGCGAUGAACUCAGCAAGGGUCGUUAUGAUCCGGCUAUUACCAAGGUUUGCUUUGAGAUGUUGCUCGAGCUGUUUGGUCGCACGCUCAAGUUGGACUUGGGGGAGCAUGACGGUCAAAAGCAGGUUAUUGAGGAUGUGUGUUAG